CAAAGGAUUAAUUCUUUGUUCCUAACAUGGAUGUGUUGAUGGAUGACACUACUGGUUGCGAGAUGUACCUUUUCAUUGAUGGUAGCAGCGGAUAUAAUCAAGUGAGUAUGUAUCCUAGCGAUGAAAAAAAGGCUGCUUUUCGCAUUCCUAUCAAUAAUUUCUAUUAUGUUGUCAUGCCAUUCGGAUUAAAAAAUGCUAAGGCUACUUACCAAAGAGUGAUGGUGGCUAUCUUUCAUGAUUUCAUCCACAUCUACAUCGAAGUUUAUAUUGGUGACAUUGUGGGGGCCACAUUCACACGGAUAGAGGAGCAACAACAUGCCUUUUUGCAUCUUCAAGAUCUUAUGCUCAUAUUGCCAACCAUAUCAGUCCCUAUCCAAGGUAGGUUGCUCAAAGUCUAUCUAUCAACUUCUAGCAAAGCUGUGGGUGCUCUAGUUGCCGAAGAUGAUGAAGAGGGUAAGGAACAACCAGUUUAUUAUGUCAAUCGAAACCUCAAAGGUGUUGAAUCGAGGGCUGGGACUAGUGUUGUUCUCAAAGAUGACAAAGGCCACGAUGCAGUAUUUUCAUUCAAGCUUGAAUUUCAAUGCACAAACAACAUGGCAGAGUAUGAAGCCUAUCUUAUUGGCCUUGCCAUGGCUAAAGAAGCUGGCGUGCAGCUCUUGAAAAUCAUUGGCAAUUCAGAGCAAUCAUUUGCCAACAUAAGAUAUGAGCAAGUGCCACAAACAAAGAACUGGUUGGCGGAUGCCUUAGCCACGAUUACUUCAAAGGUGCCUAUGGUCGAGUAUCCCUUCAGCGUCCAAGUUGUUCAGAAAGACCAAAUAAUUUCCAAUGGAUCCAAUGGAUGUCAAAAGAUAAGCAAUUUGAUUGGCAUUGGCAUUGCCCCCCACACUGAGGAUCCAAAAUUGAAGGCACGGGAUGAAGGGAGAGUCCAUGAUCAGGUCAUGGUUGUGGAACUCUAUGAAACUAGAAAUCAGUCGGAACCUGACAUUUUCCUUUCUUCCAACUGCAAAGGCCAAAAGGCCAUAUGGAGAGGAAAGUCAAAAGAGUGUCAAGUCAGGCUGGAGUCACACUCAACUGAAGCUCCUGCUUCUGCUUUGGCUUCCCAAAGGAUUGGACGAAGGAGGAAAGAAAGGAGGAGGAAAGAAAGCAGGGAGUGAUGACCUCAAAUAGUCCAAAGAUGGACUUUGGUGCACUUUUUGCAAGAAACCACGCCAUACUAGAGACAAUUGCUUCAAGCUACAUGGGAAAGCUCAAAUAUUAGCUCGAAUUUAAGAAUCCAAUGCAAAGUCAAGCCAAUCUACCCAGCAAAGAAGUAUCCCUUCAAAAGAUAAUGAUUGAAAAUGAAGAAAAGUUUGAUUUCAAU